CCGCCCCCGGCCGCGACCCGCAUGGUGCCCCGGGCCCGGCGCCGCUGAAGGCCUCCCGUUUCCGGCCGGCGGUCCCGGGGCGGGGUCGGCCGCGGGCGGGUGAGGGAGCCCCCCCGGGGAGAGUCCGGACCCUCCCGCGCGGCGCCGCCCGCCGCCGCCCGCCAAUGGACGAGGCCUUCCGCGACCGGCGGCACUUCAUGCCGACGGGCCAAGACAUCGCCAAGGAGCGUGAAGAGAGCCAGGCGGCCAAAGAGGGGUGGGGAGGUGCGUGGGACCGCGUCCAGGACGAUACACGCGCCGCUCACUACGGGAGGUUCGAGGAAGGACGAGGACGAAGGAGGCGGCGAGGAAGGAGGAGGAGCGGGGGCGGCGGCCCGGGGGAGCCCGCCCCCGACGAGGAGGGGGCCUCCAGCGACGCCACCGAAGGCCACGACGAGGAGGACGAGAUCUACGAGGGGGAGUACCAGGGCAUCCCCCGGGCCGAGGGGCGGGGCGGGCCCCGGGGCGGGGGGCCGGGGGCCCGGGGGCGCCCCGACGGCGGGGUGGGCGGGCGGCGAAGGAGAAGGAGGAGCUGGCCGCAGCAGUACGAGACCAUCCUGCAGGAGUGCGGCCACGGACGCUUCCAGUGGGACCUCUACUUCGUCCUGGGGCUGGCCCUCAUGGCCGACGGCGUCGAGGUCUUCGUCGUCGGCUUCGUGCUGCCCAGCGCCGAGAAGGACAUGUGCCUGUCCGACUCCAACAAGGGCAUGCUGGGACUGAUCGUGUACCUGGGCAUGAUGGUGGGGGCGUUCGUCUGGGGGGGCCUGGCAGACCGGCUGGGCCGCCGCCAGUGCCUGCUCAUGGCGCUCUCCGUCAACGGGGUCUUCGCCUUCUUCUCCUCGUUCGUCCAGGGCUACGGCACCUUCCUGCUCUGCCGCCUGCUCUCCGGCGUCGGGAUCGGGGGCUCCAUCCCCAUCGUCUUCUCCUAUUUCUCCGAGUCUGCGCGGGAGAAGCGAGGAGAGCACCUGAGCUGGCUGUGCAUGUUCUGGAUGAUCGGGGGAGUCUAUGCCGCCGCCAUGGCCUGGGCCAUCAUCCCCCACUACGGCUGGAGUUUCCAGAUGGGCUCCGCCUACCAGUUCCACAGCUGGCGCGUCUUCGUCUUGGUGUGUGCCUUUCCGUCGGUGUUCGCCAUCGGCGCCCUCAACCACCCAGCCCGAGAGCCCCGCUUCUUCCUCGAGAACGGGAAGCACGAAGAAGCUUGGAUGGUCCUGAAGCAGGUGCACGACACCAACAUGAGGGCCAAGGGGCAUCCGGAGAGGGUCUUCUCGGUGACGCAGAUCCGGACCAUCCAUCAGGAGGACGAGCUCAUCGAGAUCCAGUCGGACACCGGGACGUGGUACCGGCGGUGGGGGGUUCGGAGCCUGAACCUCGGCCAGCAGGUCUGGGGAAACUUCCUCACGUGCUUUAACCCGGAGUAUCGGAGGAUCACGCUGAUGAUGAUGGCCGUGUGGUUCACCAUGUCCUUCAGCUACUACGGCCUGACGGUCUGGUUCCCGGACAUGAUCCGCCACCUGCCAGCAGAGGGCUACGCGGCCCGGACCAAGCUGUUCACGCGGGAACGCGUGGAGCACGUCACCUUCAACUUCACCCUGGAGAACCAGAUCCACCGUCACGGCCAGUACUUCAACGACAAGUUUAUCGGGCUGAGGCUGAAGUCCGUCUCGUUCGAAGACUCUCUGUUCGAGGAGUGCUACUUUGAGGACGUCACCUCCAGCGAUACGUUUUUCCGCAACUGCACGUUUAUCAACACCGUCUUCUACAACACAGACCUGUUCGAGUACAAGUUUUUGAACAGCCGCCUGGUCAACAGCACGUUCCUGCACAGCAAGGAGGGCUGCCCGCUGGACGUUGGCAACGGGGACCACGCCUACAUGGUCUACUUCGUCAGCUUCCUGGGCACGCUGGCCGUGCUGCCCGGAAACAUCGUGUCCGCCCUGCUCAUGGACAAGAUCGGCCGGCUGCGCAUGCUGGCCGGCUCCAGCGUGCUGUCCUGCGUGUCCUGCUUCUUCCUGUCCUUCGGCAACAGCGAGUCGGCCAUGAUCGCGCUGCUCUGCCUGUUCGGCGGGGUGAGCAUCGCCUCCUGGAACGCCCUGGACGUCCUCACCGUGGAGCUCUACCCCUCCGACAAGAGGACGACGGCCUUCGGGUUCCUGAACGCGCUGUGCAAGCUCGCCGCCGUGCUGGGCAUCAGCAUCUUCACCUCCUUCGUGGGCGUCACCAAGGCCGUGCCCAUCCUGCUGGCCUCGGCCGCCCUGGCCCUGGGCAGCUCCCUCGCCCUCAAGCUGCCCGAGACCCGCGGCCUGGUCCUGCAGUGAGCCCCCGGUCCCCUCGGGGGGAGGGGGGCGGGCACGAGGGGCGGACACUGUGAGAUAGAUGCCCCUUGGACCCCGCCCCCACCCGAUCCCCCCCCCCUCUGUGUUUGGUGUUUUAUUGUGGAUGUGUGUGGGCGUGUA